CACACUUGCGUAAACGCAAUUCAAUUCAAUUAUUUUUGUUAGCUCAAUUAUCUUGUUAUUAUAAUGGUCGUCAAGGAGUAUAUGAAGCUCCAGAAAUCCCGCAGCGUGGCACCCAUCGCUCGCUAUGUUCCGAGACUUCAUUCCAAGGCAGCGAGAAUGGCCAAAAAACACGAAACCGCACAGCAGCUUAGGGUCAGCAAAAAUGAUAAUAUGGAGACUGAACGCGAGAAAGGAGAAGGUCAGUUUGGCGCCGAACGGAACCACAGCUCGACGGCCAAUGAUUCGGCAGAGACAGGGCAGAUGGCUCAGGAUCAACUUGACAAGCUAGAUUCCGAGGUUACUCCGGAGAAGAUCGAAAAGUUCAACAAAAAGUUUCACACGGCGAAGGUCCAAAUGCACACCGUCGUGCGGAAGGCGCUGGCACUUGAGAAGCUGAGGGUUUCGACGCGCAUCAAGAGGGCCCAACUUGAGCGGGAGGACCCGAAGCUGUUGGAGAUUGAUCAGUCCUUGCCAGCCAAGAAGCAGCAGGAGCUGUUGAAAAAACAGCAGAAACUGCUUUCUGUCGAGGAGGCCGAGGCGCUCCUGGAGAAAAUAAAAGCAAUGGACACGGCGCACCUUGCGAACAUCAUGUACUACAAACUAGCCAAGCGCAGCUCAAUCAUCAGGGACCAGACAAUGGAGUCUGUUGCCACCCCCGAGGUUGUCGCUGCCUUGAACGACUCGUAUAUUAAUCACUUUUUCAGCAUGCAGAGCAUCUUGAACACCCUCAAGUACCACAUUCUCGAACUUGAGUCUGUACUUACCAUUGACAAGCGGAGUAAGGAGGAUAAGGUGAUUUUGGCCGAAAAGCUUGCGGAGAAGAGAAGUAGAAAGGCCGCUGCCAAGGAGGCCGCAAGAAUCGCUGCAAACGCAAAGGAGAGGCGUGUUGAAAACGGCAUUUCCGACUCUGAGGUUGAUCCCGUCAUUGUUCCUGCCGCCAGGCAUGUUGUCAAGUUCAACGCCAAACCGUCCCACAAGUCUGGCUCUGGCUCUGGAUACGGUUCUGGCUCCGGCUCUGAUUUUGCGUCUGAGAGUGGUAAUGAAAAUGAAGGUGGCGAUGACCAUGGAUAUGAGUCCGUAUCCGAUCUGGACGCCGAGCUAGCAAAGAAGCACCAAAAGCCCACCAAGCGCAAUGACGAUUCCAUAAAAUCAACAUUUGUUGGAAGCCUCGACGACUUUGUUAGCGAUGACAACAUCAGUGACAGCGAUAGUGAUGAUGAGGUUGCUGAGCCCAAACGCAAGCGCAAGGAAGAGCCCAAAGCCAAGAGCUCCAAGAAGUACAAGGGUGGCAAGGAUGCUUAUGACGAGGUGGCGGACAAGGACUUCAAAAACAUCUACGGCACUGCAGAUGCAGAGCGCAAGAAUCGUCCCGGACAGCGUGCGCGCCGCCAAAAGUUUGAAAAGAUGUACGGCAAGGAUGCCAACCAUGUCAAGCUGAUGGAGAAGGACAAGAAGGAGAAGCCCCGCCAGCCUGCUCCUCAAUUCCAGAAAAAGUCGGACAAUAAGCCGAUCGCACCUGCUGCCAAGUCCGAGGCCAUGCAUCCGUCAUGGGAGGCCAAGAUCCGCCAGAAGAAGAUCAUGGAGCAAGCCAAGUCCAUUCAGGGAACCAAGAUUGUAUUCGACUAACUUUGGGUCAAAAUUAAUGUUUUAGAUCAACUUUUGUGGCUGUGCUAAAAUAAAAAAUAUUUUGCUCAUACCGAA